AUGGCCUUGUACCAAGGCUUUCUCGGUUCAGAGGCUACCCGCUUUCCGGGUCAAGACACCGUCGAUAUACACUUGACACAUUGGAGGAACCAUCCUGUCCGUCCCUUACGCCAACGGACGAUCGCCCUCACCCAAGGGAUGUCAUUCAUCUCGAUCGAACAAAUGCUCCCCUUCGCCAAUCCCGCUGGCGGGCCACCCGUCUGGUCAUGGGUGCCAUCUUUGACGUUCACCGUCGCCGUCCAGCUCUGGUGUAUUGGACCAAGUCAACCCGCUUUGCCUGGUUUGCCGCUACCCAAUCCGGUUCCAUAUCUCAUGCCGCUGGAGGCGGUCUGGUUGAAUGGAGCAUGGCGCUUCGGGUACUCUCUGCCCUGGGGCUAUGAUGUCCACGAAAUUCAGGUAGCCCAGUUUGCUGGCAUGCCCCAACAACUGCAGGGCUUCUUGCACUACUACAAAUCACAGCGCCGCAUCCACCAUAAUGUCACCCCCACCAUGAUCCCGAAUGGACCCCACAAAUACUUUUUCGUCCUUGCUUUCGGGACGCAAUGGAAUAUGUUUCGUCGUUCGUGGAUAUGA